GCAGGCCCUGCGCGGCCGCGCGCCCGCGUCCCACUCCUGCCGCUCCUCACAGCCCUGCGCUCCGGGAAACUGCAGGUGGCCGGCAGUGGCCAGGGGAUGGCGGGGGCGCUUGUGGAACCUGACUCAGUUUUGUAGAUUUCUUAUCUCGGUUGUUUACCGCGGGCUGAGCGGAAUGCCCCCGCUUCCGCUUCCGCCCCGCUCCGAAACCCCGAACCCCUUCUACUGGCAACUCCGCCCCGGAUUCCCAAAAAGGGGCGACCUGGGCCACUGCGGUCCAAGCUUCACCCCGAUGGACCUGAGAGACCGGAAGUAAACCUUGGCUAACUCUAGCCGCCCCCUGCAGCCGCAACCGCAGAGGCCCACCUGCGAGCUUCAGUGGCGGGUCCUCAGCGUUGUGUAAACUUUGCUUAAAAUGAUCUUGAGAGUUCAAUUCUUGGAGUGAACUGUUGAGAAGAUCUGGCACUUUUCCUUUCGAAAGUUGUUGGGAACGUGAAAGUUGUGUGUGCGUUCGACCUCACUCAGUGGGAGCCGCCGCCCUGUAGGGAAUUUAACAAUAGCCUAGUCAGGGCUGUUAUUUUCCAGAGCAGUUUAAUAUCUAUUUUGCCCAAGUGCAAGGAAAGCUUGCCUUGGAAAAGCUGGGAAUGCCUGACUGAAGAAACGUUUUUAGAGCCUUUUAAAAUGAACCUGUUUCUGCCAUUUUUCCACCGCUUCAAAAGGACUGGGAAAUGUAAAAUGACUUCAAGAUGUUCUUACUUGAGAGUGUCCGGAUUUGGACAGAAGGCCAUGUUCUUUUAAUAUUAACAGUGGCACGCAGUAGAACAAAGGCCACUGAAAUUCAGAAUCAGUUUUUGGCUCCACGGAGUAGGAAGUAAAUUCAAGGACGCCAGAGGUCUUGCGAAUGUUUUAAUUGGUUAACAUUUGAAAUUUGUUCUUAAGCAAUGAGGGGUGAAACCAGUAGGGGGUUAGCAUAUAGCAUAAGUAAAGCGUUUUGAAUAUCAACAAACUGCAAUAAUCUAGAACUGAGAGCGGGCUCUGGAAGGUUUGACCUGCUUUAGAGAGAGAUUUCAGAUAAGAAGAACGGAGUUUUUGGCCCUUUUCGGAACUCCCCCACUGGAAAAGGAUUCUGAAAGAAAUGAAGUCAGCCCUCAGAAAUGAAGUUGACUGCCUGCCUGCUGGCUUUCUGUUGACUGCCCCGGAGCUGUACUUCUGCAGACCCUUGUGAGCUUCUGUAGUCUAAGAGUAGGAUGUCUGCUGAGGUCAUCCAUCAGGUCGAAGAAGCACUUGACACAGAUGAGAAGGAGAUGCUGCUCUUUUUGUGCCGGGAUGUUGCUAUAGAUGUGGUUCCACCUAAUGUCAGGGACCUUCUGGAUAUUUUACGUGAAAGAGGUAAGCUGUCUGUCGGGGACUUGGCUGAACUGCUCUACAGAGUGAGGCGAUUUGACCUGCUCAAACGGAUCUUGAAGAUGGACAGAAAAGCUGUGGAGACCCACCUGCUCAGGAACCCUCACCUUGUUUCGGACUAUAGAGUGCUGAUGGCAGAGAUCGGUGAGGAUUUGGAUAAAUCUGAUGUAUCCUCAUUAAUUUUCCUCAUGAAGGAUUACAUGGGCCGAGGCAAGAUAAGCAAGGAGAAGAGUUUCUUGGACCUUGUGGUUGAGUUGGAGAAACUAAAUCUGGUUGCCCCAGAUCAACUGGAUUUAUUAGAAAAAUGCCUAAAGAACAUCCACAGAAUAGACCUGAAGACAAAAAUCCAGAAAUACAAGCAGUCUGCUCAAGGAGCAGGGACAGGUUAUAAGAAUGUUCUCCAAGCAGCAAUCCAAAAGAGUCUCAAGGACCCUUCAAAUAACUUCAGGCUCCACAAUGGGAGAAGUAAAGAACAAAGACUUAAGGAGCAACUUGGCACUCAACAAGAACCAGUGAAGACAUCCAUUCAGGAAUCAGAAGCUUUUUUGCCUCAGAGCAUACCUGAAGAGAGAUACAAGAUGAAGAGCAAGCCCCUAGGAAUCUGCCUGAUAAUCGAUUGCAUUGGCAAUGAGACAGAGCUGCUUCAAGACACCUUCACUUCCCUGGGCUAUGAAGUCCAGAAAUUCUUGCAUCUCAGUGUGAAUGGUAUAUCCCAGAUUCUUGGCCAAUUUGCCUGUAUGCCUGAGCACCGAGACUACGAUAGCUUUGUAUGUGUCCUGGUGAGCCGAGGAGGCUCCCAGAGCUUGUAUGGUGUGGAUCAGACUCACUCAGGACUCCCCCUGCAUCACAUCAGGAGGAUGUUCAUGGGAGAUUCAUGCCCUUAUCUAGCAGGGAAGCCAAAGGUGUUUUUUAUUCAGAACUAUGUAGUGUCAGAGGGCCAGCUGGAGGACAGCAGCCUCUUGGAGGUGGAUGGGCCAGCAAUGAAGAAUGUGGAAUUCAAGGCUCAGCAGCGAGGGCUGAGCACAGUUCACCGAGAAGCUGACUUCUUCUGGAGCCUGUGCACUGCGGAUGUGUCCCUGCUGGAGCGGUCCUGCAGCUCACCGUCCCUGUACCUGCAGUGCCUCUCCCAGAAACUGAGACAAGAAAGAAAACGCCCACUCCUGGAUCUCCACAUUGAACUCAAUGGCCACAUGUAUGAUUGGAACAGCAGAGUUUCUGCCAAGGAGAAAUAUUAUGUCUGGCUGCAGCACACUCUGAGGAAGAAACUUAUCCUCUCCUACACAUAAGAAACUAAAAGGCCAGGCGCAGUGGCUCAUGCCUGUAAUCCCAGCACUUUGGGAGGCCAAAGAUGGCAGAUCACUUCAGGUCAGGAGUUUGAGACCAGCCUGGCCAACAUGGUAAACGCUAAUAAAAAUACAAAAAUUAGCCGGAUGUGGGGGUGGGUACCUGUGUUCCCAGUUACUUGGGAGGCUGAGGCAGGAGGAUCUUUUGAACCCAGGAGUUCAGGGUCAUAGCAUGCUAUGAUUGUGCCUACAAAUAACCACCACAUAGCAACCUGGGCAAUAUAGCAAGACCCCAUCUCUUAAAAGAAAAAUAUGGGACAGGAACUAUCUUA